AUGGCGGACAACCUGCCCACGGAGUUUGACGUGGUGGUCGUAGGGACCGGUUUGCCUGAGUCUAUCAUUGCAGCUGCAUGUUCCAGAAGUGGCCAGAGAGUUCUUCAUGUUGAUUCGAAAAAUUACUAUGGUGGAAAUUGGGCCAGCUUUAGCUUUUCAGGAUUAUUGUCCUGGAUUAAAGAAAAACAGCAGAAAACUGAAGUCAGUGAUGAAUGUGAAGACUGGAGAAAACUGAUCCUUGAGAAUGAAGAAGUUAUUUCUCUAGACAACUCAGAUAAAACUAUUGAACAUGUAGAAGACUUCUGUUUUGGCAAUCAGGAUUCAGCAGAAGAUGUUGAAGAAGCCGGCGCUUUGUCCAAGCUGCCUCUCUUUGGAAGUUCUGGGGCCCAGGGGGCUGCUCAGGACCCGGAGAAGGAGAGUGCUCCUGUGGAGAACACCUUGCCAGAACCGGCUGCAAGCAGUGACCCAGCAAGUGCGACCGGAGGGAAUGAAACAGAAGUCACCCCCGAGAGGGAGGGUUCUCCCGAUCCAGCUUCGGGUGAGCCCGCUUCGGAUGUGGGUGAAACAGAGGCACCCACAGAAAAUGCUGCCCAGGAACCAAAGAAAAUCACCUAUGCACAAAUUGUUAGAGAAGGCAGAAGGUUUAAUAUUGAUUUAGUUUCYAAGCUGCUCUAUUCCCGAGGUCUGUUAAUUGACCUUCUCAUUAAGUCAAAUGUUAGCAGAUACGCAGAGUUUAAAAAUGCCACACGAAUUCUUGCCUUUCGAGAAGGAAAAGUGGAACAGGUACCUUGCUCUAGAGCAGAUGUCUUCAACAGCAAGCAGCUCACUAUGGUGGAAAAGAGAUUGCUAAUGAAAUUUUUGACGUUUUGUUUGGAGUAUGAGCAACACCCUGAUGAAUACCAAGAUUAUGAGAAUAGGACCUUUGCUGAGUUCUUAGGAACACGGAAGUUAACACCCAGCUUGCAGCACUUCAUUCUUCACUCCAUCGCUAUGGUGUCGGAGGCUGAUUGCAGCACCCUGGAUGGGAUCCAGGCCACCAAAAAAUUUCUUCAGUGCCUUGGCCGCUACGGCAAUACGCCAUUCCUGUUCCCUUUGUAUGGCCAAGGGGAGAUUCCACAGUGUUUCUGCAGGAUGUGUGCUGUGUUUGGGGGUAUCUACUGUCUUCGCCAUUCUGUGCAGUGCCUUGUAGUGGACAAAGAAUCUGGACGAUGCAAAGCUGUCCUAGAUCAUUUUGGACAAAGAAUAAGUGCCAAGUAUUUUGUUGUGGAAGAUAGUUUCCUUUCAGAGAGCACAUGUAAAAAUGUGUGUUACAGGCAGAUCUCCAGAGCAAUACUCAUUACAGAUCAGUCCAUACUAAAAACAGAUUCAGAGCAGCAGGUUUCCAUUCUGAGAAUGCCUCCAAUGGAUAGUGGGCAGCCAGCUGUCUGCAUCAUUGAGUUGUGUUCCUCAACCAUGACGUGCAUGAAGGAUUCCUAUUUAGUUCAUUUAACCUGUCCAUCAAGUAAAACUGCUAGAGAAGAUUUAGAGCCUGUCGUGCAGAAGUUAUUCAGUCUAAACACUGAAUCAGAAGAAGAGACUGAAAAUGAAGAAGUGGAAAAACCCAGAGUGCUCUGGGCUGUGUACUUCAACAUGAGAGAUUCCUCGGGCAUCGACAGAAGCUCGUACGACAGGUUGCCUUCCAAUGUGUAUGUCUGCUCGGGACCUGACUCUGCCUUAGGAAACGACUGCGCCGUCAGACAGGCUGAGACAAUUUUCCAGGAAAUGUUUCCUACAGAGGAAUUCUGCCCACCACCACCAAAUCCAGAAGAUACUGUGUAUGAUGAAGAGGAGCCUGCAUCAGAGGAUUCAGGAUUAAAUAAUGCACCAGAGAUGAAACCUGAACCUUCACCUGAGGAAGGAGGCAGUGAGGAAGGUGCUACUGGUGAGCCAGAAAGUGAGGGAUGAAGUAGCUCAGUUUCCUUGGUAGAAGAAGAGGUUGACCCAGACUAAAGAACAGGAGAGGAAGGGUAAGAGAAAGAGAGGGAGAAAAAAACGUUUUUUAAAAGAGAAAAAAGCUGUAUUAUUUGUGAUAGCCUUAUUGUUCAUAGUUUGAACAUACUCUUUCUUCAGGUAGUUUCACUGGAUUCUAAAUAAAGGCAUAAUCAAGCAGAUCAAGGAUGCUAGUAGAUAAAUUUCAUAAAAUUGUUUCUAUUGAAAAUAGUAAAAUAUUUUUUUCAAAAGAAUUUGGGUUUGUUUUAUGGUUUGGAAGUGUAUGUGUACUUGCUUUACAAGUGUACUCACAAUUGUGAGCAUGUGCUCUAGUGUAAGUUAUCCCAGUUCUUCCAAAACCAUGUUUGGGUCUGUCCCAAUGCAGCAGCUAAAUGAGAGCUUCAUGAGUUGCCCUGCACAGAGCGUCACAUUCUGGGGAAUGGACGGUAAAGGCUGCAGGGACAGUUCAAGUUAAAAAACUUGAUAUCACGUUUGAUUUGUAUCAUGAAAAAAUCCCUGUACAGUUUUGAAACUAAUGCCUGAUAUUACRCUUUAGAAGCAAGUACAAUGAAUCYAACAGAUAUUCCUCACAUGACUAUUUUACAUGUAAAAUGUGACUUAGUAAGAUCCAACUAUUGCAUCAUCAUACUUAAUUUAUUAAUGACUUACAUAGUCAGGAAAACAGCGCUAUUUAAACUUAAUGUUAGUCCUCACCACAAAAUUAAGGUUUAUAAGUGGAGCAUACCUGCUGUUUAUUCUUUCUUUUUUCCUCAUGUAUUCAUUUGGGCCCCUACUAGUAAUUAAUUUUUGCAAGUUUUGUGUCUGAGAAAUAGAGAUGAUGAUUAAUUGCUGGGGGAGAGGAAGAAGGAGGUCGUUCAGCUGAUUAUUACUCCAAAGGUUUGUACUGAUCCCAGGUAAUAGGAUUAAAAUUAGUGUGAUAGUUGUAAAUUUUGCAUUUUGUAAUGGUAAAUCAUAAAGCAUAUUUAUACAAUAAAAUUUAUUAAAGUAUUUAUAAACCUAGUUUAUAUGAAGAAUUACAAAACGAGCAAGUUGUUGUAAAUGACUGUGAUAGACUUGGGUCUCCUCUGAGCAAUGCCUGAAAUUGCAUAUUCCAAUAAUGAAAAAUAUUUAGCUUUUACUGUAAGAUUUAUCUUUAAACAUAUAUGCCCUAGAUCAGCUGUGUAUCUACCUAUUUCAGUGAAUUCCAGAGUAGUAUUUAAGCAACAUAYGUGAAUGAAAAGGCCAUCAAAUAAUGAAUAUUCAGCACUGUCUGAAAGGGAUAGAACUGAGUGUUUGUACAGUUUUCCAGUGCACGUGCCUGCCUUUAAAAUGGCUUCAUGCCAUAAAGGUCAAGUUAUUUAUUUUUUUACGGCAUAACUGACACCGUUAACUUCGCUUUUUGUCUUGCAUCAUGACACAAUGUCCAGCCUGCAUUUCAGAAAUCAGUAUGUUUGUGUUUACAUUGUGUGUUUAGCAGGUAGGCAUCACUGUAUGUAAUUCAAGUCCUCAGAAAAAUACGUGGCUGAAAUGUUUCCCAAGUUGAACUUUAUCUUUGGAUGCUUGUGAUUAAGCAGUUAUUUAUAUAUAGUAAUAAAUGGGCUGCUGCUUUGUUUAGCUGUAAUUUUUAUGUGUACUGGAAAGCAUGAGUAUAUGGUAAUUGUAUGUAACAUCUACAAAUCUGUGAAAGAACUAAGUAGAGGACCUGGUUCAUGUUUGUCUUUCAGCAACAGGGAUCAUAGUUGAACUUUUCAU